AUGCUCGGCAAAAGGAAGAACACGAGAGACGGGCGUCCCCUGGAUACGGGGAAGCCCACGAGGCGUCCUCCCAACAAGUACGCCGCCGCCGCCGCCAUGCUCUCAUCGGCCACGCCGCUCUUCUUGGGAUACGACCUCGCCGUGGUAUACUGCACGGCCGUGACGGCGCAGGGCGACGUGAGGCUCCUGGCGUGCGUCAUCGCGCUCUCCUUGAUCCUCGGCGCGAUCGCGGCCGCGGGAGCGCAGCGCGUCAUCGGCGACCGCCGCGCCGUCCUGCUCUCCGCCGCCGUGCUCUGCGCCGGCGCGCUGGCCCGGAGCCUCGCCGGCGGCUUCGCGGCGUUCACGGCUGGUGUCUUCAUCAACGGCGUCGGCAUGGGCCUGGCGCUCAUGGUCGUCCCAUUCUACGCCGCCGAGCUCAGCCUGACUUCCGCGCGCGGCGUGCUCGCGUCGCACCCCGACGGAUUCGUGUACCUCGGCUGCAUCCUCGGGUCGCUCUGCUACUCCAUGGGAUUCUCGAAGCUCCCGGCGCACGUCGCUUGGCGAGUGACCGUACCCUCCGGCACGGCCAUUCCGGCGUUGCUCGGCGCCGCUGUCCUCCUCAUGCCCGAGUCGCCCCGGUGGCUCGUGGCCGUGGACCGGGAAAGCAAGGCCCGGCGCGUGUUGUCCAGAACGUCGGCGACACUGGAGGAGGCCGAGCUGCGCUUGCUCGAGAUAAAAUCCGAGCUCGGUAAACACCACCACCACGACGACGACGGAUCUUUCGACGAGCCAACAGUGGCAAUGUCCGCGACGCCCGGCCGGUGGAGGGAGGAGAUCGGUAUAUUGCGGGAGCUGCUGGCGCGCCCGACGGAGCCGGUCCGCCGCGCGGUCCUCACCGCGCUCGUCUCCAAGGUCUUCCAGCAGGCCUCCGGCGUCGGGUCCAUCCUCCAGUACGUGCAGCGCGCUUUCCGCGACGCAGGCGUCUCGCCCGGCGCGCAGACGCCGAGGGCGCUGGCGGUGUUCGGGUUGGUGGUGGUGAUGUCCUUCCCCAUGUCGCUCGUGCUCGUGGAGCUCUGCUGGCUGCUGGUGAGGGCGCUCGCCAGCGGCUUGCGGCGGCGCGCGCCGUCACCCGCGGCGCACCGCAGCGGCCCCAGCCAGGCCGGCGUGACCCGGCGGCAGGAGCAGCAGAAGUGGGCGAGGGGGCUGUCGGCCACCAUGCUGCUCUCGCUGAUGGCGCUGGUGUGGAUCGCGCUCGGGCCGGCGCCGUGGGCGGACGUGCCGUCGCGCGGGUGCCCGCGGUGGCUGCGGGCGGCGGCGGCUGCCGCGAACAGGGCUGUCAGCUCGGCGAUCUUGUCGAGCUUCGGGAGGGUUUACCGGGUCGCCGCGGUGUACGGAAACCUGAUCAUGUGCCAUUCCGUCAUCGUGGUCUUCAUGUUGUUCGCAUGUGGUCGUCUUCUUGGCUCCAAGGUGAGGGGAGAGUCCUGCUGA